AUAUGGGCAAUUUAUAUCUUCAUCGUAACCGGUUUCUGGACUACUAGUUCCCCAAAAAAAACAUACAGUAACUUCUUUUGGCGCACAAAUCCAUAAUUUUCCAUUUUCCACCACCAUUUCAACUAACACCUCCCCUUCCAAAAAUGCUCCGAUUAAACCGCCAUUAAAACCGCCAUUAAAACCACCAUUAAAUCCGCCAUUAAAACCACCAUGUCAACCUCCAAAACUCUAACUCUAAAUUCCUCCGAACUCUUCCUUCAAUCGGAAAACCCUCUUCCAUCAUCUCUUCCUCAAUUUCCCGCCAAUUUCCCACCCUCAAAACUCAUUCCCAAAACCCGCUUCAUCGUCGAUGGCUUCCGAAACUCCGGCGAGUUUUCUCUCUCCUACUUCCUCUCACACUUCCACUCCGAUCACUACACCGGACUCACUUCAACUUGGUCUCGCGGCAUCGUCUUUUGCUCGGAAACCACCGCUCGUCUCGUCGUUAAAGUUCUCGGUGUUUCGGCGUCGCUUGUUGUUGGUUUACCGAUUGACGAUACUGUGAUCAUCGAUGAUUGUGAGGUAACCCUAAUUGAUGCUAAUCAUUGUCCUGGUGCUGUUCAAUUUUUGUUUAAGGUUCCUGUUAAUGGUGGCAAAUUUGAGCGUUAUGUUCAUACUGGUGAUUUUAGGUUUUGUGAUGAUAUGAAACUGAUGCCUAAAUUGAGUGAAUUUGUUGGUUGUGAUGCUGUUUUUCUUGAUACGACGUAUUGUGACCCGAAAUUUGUGUUUCCUUUGCAAGAGGAAUCGAUUGAUUAUGUAGUUAGUGUGAUUGAUAGGAUUAGGAGUGAGAAUAGGGAUGAUGGGAAGAAUGUAUUGUUUCUUGUUGCGACUUAUGUAAUUGGAAAGGAGAGGAUUUUGUUGGAAAUUUCGCGUAGGUGUGGUUGUAAGAUACAUGUAGAUAGUAGGAAAAUGGGGAUUUUGCGCGCUUUAGGUUAUGAGGAUGAUGGGGUGUUUACGGAAGAUGAGUUAGCUAGUGAUGUUCAUGUUGUUGGGUGGAAUGUGUUGGGUGAGACUUGGCCGUAUUUUCGGCCUAAUUUUGUGAAGGUGAGUGAAAUUAUGGUUGAGAAGGAUUAUAAGAAGGUUGUGGGAUUUGUUCCUACUGGGUGGACUUAUGAAGUGAAGAGAAAUAAGUUUGCAGUUAGGACGAAAGAUUUGUUUGAGAUUCAUCUGGUUCCUUACAGUGAGCAUUCAAACUACAAUGAGCUUAGAGAAUAUGUGAGGUUUUUGAAGCCUAAGCGUGUACUUCCUACCGUUGGUUCUGAUGUUGAGAAUGUGGACAGUAAACAUGCUAUUAAAAUGCAGAAGCAUUUUGCAGGAUUGGUGGAUGAGAUGGCUAAUAAACAAGAGUUUUUGAUGGGUUUUUAUCAGGGAAAAGCAAAGGUCAAGGUGGAUGAUCCGUUGACCGAGUUGGACAAAGGUGUAGAACAUUUCAAAGAGGAGUUUGAUGUGUCCACAUUGAAUAACGAACAUAAAACUGACUUUGGUUCCACGUGUUCCGUAGUUCCUAUGGACGAUCCUGGUUCACAUAUUGUAGCCUCAUUGAGUGAUAAGGAAAAGGAGGAGAUCAUGCAAGAGCUUAGGGAUUGUUUGCCUACUUGGGUUUCUGUAGAUCAGAUGCUAGAACUUGUCAAAACAUAUGGAAGAAAUAUCGUUGAUGCAGUUUCUCAUUUUUAUGAACAUGAAACAGAUUUUCAUGAGCAGAUCGGAAAACCUUUCCCUUCAUCAUUGUCAAACUUAGAAAGUCAUUCCACAACAUUUAUUAAUCCUUGUUCUGUUGAUAACAGUUUGCAGACACUAGUGAAGUCACCUAAUCAAAAGGCCAAGUUUCUUCCAUUGAAGCAGUCAGUUGCAAGCAGUGUUUCUCCUGGAAAAAGAAAGAAAAAUUCUGAAAAUAAGAAGAGUAAGAAAGGGAAAAUUAACUCAAAUCUUGAUUCUGGUGGCAUAAAACAAUCUACAAUAACCAAGUUUUUUAGUAAAAAUAGCAGUGUUUGUCCGGGAAGCAUUGCUGGUCCCCUGUCUGGGACAAGUACCGAAGACACGAAUUUAUCUUCUGAACAUUCAGCUGUAUGUUAUAAGGAAGAGCUGGCACAAUUUAUUCAGAUCAUUGAUGGUAGCGAAUCAAUGAAAAACUAUGCUGCUGAGCUGUUACAAAAGGCUGAAGGAAAUGUUGGCUUGGCACUAGACAUGUAUUACAGUAAUUCUGAAGCUCACGUUGGUGGUAAUCAGAAAAGUAUAGAUGUUAAUAGCAAAUUGCUACCCUGUGAAGUUCCGGAUGAGAGCCUCUCCUGCCAAGGGAAAGAAAGGUCUGAAACUGGCAACAAAAAUUUUCAACUGGCACAAGAUUUAUUGGUUGACAAUAUUGCUGUUAACUAUGUAUCACUGCCACCAGAGAAGUAUUCUCCAAUAGAACAUGCUUGCUGGAAGCAAGGUCAGCCUGCUCCAUAUUUACAUUUGGCACGGACUUUUGAUAUUGUUGAAGGUGAAAAGGGAAAAAUUAAAGCUACCUCUAUGCUUUCCAAUAUGUUUAGAAGUUUGCUGGCUUUGUCUCCAGAGGAUGUCCUACCUGCUAUUUAUCUCUGCACUGAUAAGAUUGCGGCUGAACAUGAGAAUAUGGAAUUAAACAUCGGUGGGAGUUUGGUCGCAUCUGCUCUUGAAGAGGCAUGUGGAACCAAUAGAGCUAAGAUUAGAGAAAGGUACAACAAUCUUGGUGAUCUUGGUGAUGUUGCACAAGAGUGUCGGCAAUCACAGUCACUACUUCUUCCUCCUUCACCCCUUUUGAUACGUGAAGUAUAUUCCAUACUACGGAAAAUUAGCGUACAGACAGGCAGUGGAAGCAUGGGUAGGAGAAAAGGCCUAAUUGUAAGUAUGAUGCGAUCUUGCAGAGAGAAGGAAAUGAAGUUUCUUGUCAGAACCUUGGUUAAGAACCUUAGAAUUGGAGCCAUGAUGAGAACAGUUCUUCCUGCAUUGGCUCAAGCAGUUACUUUGAACUUUUAUGAUGGGGCAGGAAAAAAUCAAAAAGAACUGCUUCAGGGCCUUUCUGCUGCUGUUGUUGAAGCUUAUAAUAUUCUUCCAGACUUGAAUAUAUUGGUGCCUUCUCUUAUGAGCAAAGGCCUAAAGUUUUCGACCACUGCGCUGGCUAUGGUACCAGGCAUUCCUAUCAGGCCCAUGCUUGCUAAAAUAACUAAUGGGGUUCCGCAAGCACUGAAGCUUUUCCAGAAUAAAGCUUUCACGUGUGAGUACAAGUAUGAUGGUCAACGUGCUCAAAUACACAAACUUGAUAAUGGUUCUGUGCGCAUCUUUUCAAGAAAGGGGGAUGAGACGACCUCAAAAUUCCCGGAUUUGGUGCACAUUAUUCAGGAUUUAUGUAAACCUUCUGCAAAGUCUUUUAUUAUAGAUGCGGAGGUGGUUGGAAUUGAUCGCACGAAUGAAAACAAGUUUAUAUCCUUUCAAGAACUAUCUUCCAGAAAGAGAGGGAGUAAAGCUUCCUCGGUUUCAUUGGAUAGAAUAAAGGUUGACAUCUGUGUCUAUGUGUUCGAUGUCAUGUUCGUCAAUGGACAGAAGCUGUUGCCUUGCCCACUCAGGCAAAGACGGCAGUGCAUGAACGAUCUUUUUAGAGGGGAAAAGCCUGGUUAUUUGGAAUACGCAAAGGAAUUAACUGUGGAAGCAGAUGAAGCUCGUCCAGGCUGUGAAGCCACAGUGAUAAAGAUUAAUGCUUUUCUUGAAGAUGCGUUCCAGUCUUCUUGUGAAGGAAUUAUUGUUAAAUCACUAGAUGCUGAUGCUGGCUACUUUGCUUCAAAGCGUGCUGAUACAUGGUUGAAGGUAAAGCGAGAUUAUAUGGACGGUAUGGGGGACUCCCUUGAUUUAGUUCCCAUUGGUGCUUGGCAUGGCAAUGGGAGAAAGGCAGGAUGGUAUAGUCCAUUUCUUAUGGCUUGUUACAAUCCUGAUACAGAGGAAUUUGAAAGUUUAUGCCGUGUUAUGACAGGAUUUACUGAUGCUUUUUACAAAGAGAUGAAAGAGUUUCUCUCUGGAGAUAAGAUCUUGAUCAAGAAGCCCUUGUAUUACCGAACAGAUGAAGUUCCCGAUAUGUGGUUUUCAGCUGAAAUGGUGUGGGAGAUAAGAGGUGCAGACCUCACUGUAUCACCUGUCCACAAGGCUGCAGUAGGAAUCGUUCAUCCUUCAAAAGGUAUUUCUAUGAGGUUUCCAAGAUUCAUCCGUACCCGCCCAGACAGACGACCAGAAGAUUGUAGUACCUCUACAGAUACUGCCGAAAUGUUUCAUUCUCAGACUCGGAAAAUGGAUGUAAGCGGUGUUCAUUAGACUUGGUCUUUAUAUAUGUACAUAAAUGUAGCAUGUACGGAGUAUUAGAUAUUUUCCUUUUGUCAGUUAGUUCAAUGUAAUUCCCCAUUUAACCUACGCAUAAAUUUUAUAGCCUCAUGCCUGUAUACUCGUAGAUGUAAAUUUUUAGUCUAGGUUUCAAAUAUGAUCUUUUAUUCAUCCGCA